UCGCCAAUUCCAAAGUCAUUGUAUAUACUAACUUGUAUCUACUCUAAACUAUUUUUUCAUAUAUACAUCCUCUUAAGGGACCGCUAAGGCGCGUAGUUUAUAUUCGAGCUUCUUAAGCUAAAUCUCCUUGGCCGUAGUAGACGGGAUGCCAGGCACUAUUCUUGUUCAGCGUGAAGAUAACCACCAAGUUAGAUUCCAAUACAACUGGCAAGCACACAGCACCACCACCAUCACAGACAGCACGGUAGAUUUCACACCUUGGCAGUCCAUCGACAUAUCCUUCAAAGAAGUCUCCAAAUCACCCGAGUUUUUGUGGCCUGAGAACGUACAAGACACUCACCUCUUGAUCGAGCUGUCCGCCGGCGGUUACCGCCGGAUCUACAGCAGCGUUCCGAUUUGUGCUCGAAUGCCUCUUAGCUUCUGCCGAUGAAUCUGGAAGUGUCGCUAGGUUGCUCGUACCACUAUCUCGUGGAUAUAUUGUACGAUCUGAUAUCAUCCCAUUGCGACUAUUAGACUCUCCGUUGGUGCGAAGCGUUGUCAGCUUCGCAAAGGCGCACUAAUUCUUCGACGGGGAGCUAUCAGCGUUGGGAAUUUAGAACAGCUUCUUAAUGCCUUUAUAGCAUCUGCGGGAGGAUUGCUUUUGAAACAAACCGAAAAGCCUGAGUCGCUGGUAGCUUCUCUGGAUCUCGAGCUGCGGUAUAGGUUGUCGCUCCCAUGGCUGUCAACUCAGGUGCCUAGACGUCAAACAUUGGCUAUUGUCGACGGAGGUAUUUCUAGUCCUGACCAUGGAGGAACCGGAACAAGCAUAUACGCAGCAGCCGCGGCUUUAGGCAUCGAUAUGGUUGUACUCGAUAGACCUACCCAUCGUAUAAUUGUAACUGUAGUUGUAAAUGUAAUUGUAAUGGAAGUUUGAAAGGUAAAGUAAAGUCAAUUGAUAGACGAAGACGAAUGAGAGAGAUGUUUAGGUUAAAAGAAAGAGACGAAGAUGUGAC